AUGGCAUGCUCCAUGCCCUCCUCUUCUUCAUCGUCCCCGUUAUUGAUGUUCCCUGACGAGCUCGCUGCUUGGAUAAGUGAAAUUGGUGCCGAGGGGAGCAGACCCGGAAGUUUUCUCUUUGUGUUGUGCUCCCUUGGACUCCCUCUAUCUCUGUAUCCUGGUUUGCUUGAUUUCGAGGUGUUGUUGUUGUUGUUGUUUAUGAUCGUGUACUGCCCUCGCCGCACAGUCGCGGUUGUACCAAGUCUCGCGGAUAUUUUGCAGCCGCCCAGUUCGCCGAACAUAUCUGUCAGCAACUCUUCGAACGCCGGGCAUUCGAUUGCAAAUUUAUCUCAGUUUUUCGAUUUCCUCCUCGAUUCCCUCCAUGCCGUCUUCGUCCAUUCGUUCUCCCCGGUGUCCGAUACCAGCCUUUCUGGAUCAGCUGCAGCGCCAUUUCGCAUACCCGACCUCGGCUACAUACACGAUGGGCAUGCCAUUGUCGCCCAUCCGGCACCCUCUUUCGACACUCAACUUGUCCAUCACAGCUGCAGCGCCGCAGCGCCCGGUGCAUCUACUUCCGUCAGUGAAUAUGCGGGGGAUGCCCUAUUCUCUCGCAUUGUCCUACGUUGUCCUCGCCGCUUCACGGUCUUCGGAACACACUCCUGA